UGACGAAAUUCAUGAUCAAUAACAAGACUGACACAUGAAAAACUGACGUCAAUUUGUUAAUUUAUUAGUGUCAAAACUUUUGGCGAGGUUGCUGGCUCGGAUAUUGCGGUCUUUCGCUUUCGAAACAAUAUCGUGAGUUGUUUUAUCUGACCGAAUCGAAAAAAGGCUUAAAGUGAGCGAAUUAGUUAAGCCCGUUGUCAAGGCAACCAACGGUUUACAAGAUUUGCAUUUGAAAGAACUUUCAAUAAAAAUUCAACACAAACCGUGCAUUCUGAAAACAAUGAGAUAUGUAAAUAGAUAUACUGGUGUGUGAAACGCUUACUGCCUACUAUAAAUUUUUCAUGUAAGGUCCGAAGGCUUUUAAAAUUGAACAAGUCAUGAGCGAAAAUGUGUCUUUAGAUGAAGAAAUAUUAACAGAUAAAAACAGUGGCGAAAUUGCCGGCGAAGAUGUUGCGAGUCGUGACUGCACAAAUCAAAUGGAAAAGAAUUCGACUUCCAUAGAAAGUGAAGCGCCUGAACUGAACACUAACGAAGUUGUUUCUGGCUACAAUAAUGUCGAAAGAAAUGAGGAGGCUCUAGAGAAUGACAUUGGCGAUUCACAUUUCGAAUCAAGAGUAGCAAGCUUGUCGUUGAAUUCUGACUGCACAGAGAAAAGUUACGUGACGGCUGACGGAGAAAAAGUUGAAGAUAAUUCGCCGGCUUCAGCGAGUUGUAAGACUGACGCAGUCGCUGCCGCCGAAAACUUCGAAGAAGAGCAAAUCGGAAUCCCAGCGCCUGAGGAGAAUCCCUUCUUACAGUCGGUAAAAUAUUUGGAAAAGCAUCAAAUUUUGAGACUGUUUCAGAAUUUCGCCGCCCAAAUUGUGUACAACAGACCUGACAACCCGCUACAGUAUUUAGUUGACGAGUUGGAGAGGUCCAGUGAAGAGGCGCUGCAGGUCGCAAAAGAAAGCAAAGAACCAGUCACACCAUCACCUGACUUGUUUUCGUGACAACCGCUGGCCAGCAGAUACGGGAGAUGAGCCGAUGAGACUUACUUCAGCACACGAAGUUUCGAAGUUCCACAAGCUCUCGUCGCCUGGAAACAGCCGAUCAGAGACUUACUUGUCGCAAUAUAUUGAAUACCUGAAUAUGCAAAAAUGCUUUAGGAAAACUCAGCAACUAUGUUAACAAAGCAUUGUAAAUGCACUUCUUGUUUGCGGUUCACGCCUCGAACCCAAGUAGUAACAUGCAUUUUUCGUCUAUUGAGGAGAGAGUAAAGGUAUUAAGAUUAAAAAUAUUUUUGCAGAGAGAAUGAAUGACUGAAAAUCAGCAUCUGACGGUAGACAAAAUUAAAGACCUGAAUCAUGAACUAGAAGAUUUUAUGUUGAUGUACAACCAAAUUCUCUGCCAAAUACUUUGGAUGAAAAUGUUCCCUCAUUUUUCACAAUCAAGUCGUACAAGAUUCAGUUUUUCAGAUCACUUGAUUCCUUAUUCCUGAUUUAAAUCUUUUCAUCCUGUUUUCUUCUUUCUUAGGGCGGUUUUCAAUACUAAGUGUCGUAAAACCAAAACCAAAGUAAUCACUGUAGCUAAUCACAAAGGACGCAAACAAUACAGUGAACCAAUCAAUCACGUUUUACUUCUGAUUAGAUAAAGAAAAAGUGGCGCGACUUUUUUAAACCAAUCAUGUAGAAAACUCCGUGUUAAUGUUAGGUAGUUUGGCCUUGUAGGCGACUUAUGUCCUUUUGUAUUUGAAUUUCUACCUGUCACUUGGCAAAUUUGUAAAUAAAUAAAUAGAUGAAAUAUAAAUAAAUAAAUAAAUGAAUGAAUAAACUAAUAAAUAUUUAUUU